AUUUGAAAUUUCGAUAAAAUUUGCGUGAGACGAAUCCAAAAGCUCUAUUUUUAAGUCCACCACGGCCCAUCAAAAUAAUGUUGACAUAGGUCUCUCAGCUCAGCUGCUCACAACUUGAGCAACAAAAAACCCAAAAGAAACCACUUCAAACUUCAAGAAUGCAGACGCUGCUUUUUCCGGCUACGCGCUCCGGCGUUCCUCCACCUUCAGCACCGCCAUCGACGAUGGCACAAUUACGUCUUCCGAGGCAAAUUCCAAGCUUUACUCGGUUCUUAUCUCCUUCAAAUUCUAUCUCCUCUCUCUCGUUGUCUUCUUCCCACCUUCCUUCUCUCUUCUUAACAAAAUCGAUAAAAAUGGUGCAAAUUCUUCCUCGAAUGGCGACUUCUCCUACAUCUACCGAUUACGCUUCACCUGUUGAUGAAACUGACCAGGUUAAACUCGCUCAGGUCGCUAAAAGACUAGAAAACACAGCGAGAUAUUUCAAACGGUUGGGUACUUUUGGAUUCUGGGGACAGCUAGUGUGCACACUUGUUGCUGCUGUGAUUCUUUCGUUUUCCGUUUUAAUCACCGGGAAGAUGACAUCGCCAGCUACUUUCUAUGCUACAGCUGGUGGAAUCGCUGCUGCGUUUAUAUCUAUUUUUUGGUCAUUUGGUUAUAUUCGGCUGUCAGAGAAACUACGGAGAACAGCAAAUGACCCAUCAAAGGCUCCCCCUCGAGCUGAUGUCGUCAAAAGUUUGAAAAAUGGAAUAAUUUUGAAUCUUCUUGGUAUGGGCUCUGCGGUCUUGGGAUUGCAAUCCACAGUUGGAUUACUGGUUGCAAAGGCUCUUACUACAUCAACAACUCCAUUCUAUCAGGGUAAUCCUGGCACAAGCCCUGUCCUUGCUUUGGACGUGUUCGUGGUCCAGGCAUCAGCUAACACUAUACUGUCUCAUUUCUUUGGACUUGUUUCCUCUUUGGAAUUGUUGCGAUCAGUGACAUCACCUAGCGGUCAAGCUGCCCCUGUCGUCAAGACGGCCUAGGCCUUCUUGAGCAUUUCAUUUCAACAUUAUACACGAAGGUUCUUGAUACUUUUCUAGUUCUAGUCAAAAGCCGAAUGUGGGCUGAUGAAUCUUGUAUUUUAUUGCUGUUGAUAAUUGUGCAGUAUGUGAACAAGAGCUGUAAUCAUGAAGGCUAUUAGGGUACUGAGAACUAGAGUAUUUUGUUCAGCGCCUAAAACUCAACUGAACAGCACAUCUUUUGUUAAUUAGCCUUAGCUAGAGAUGCCGUUCUCUGUAAACAAAUUGUUCAACGUUCCAUACGUUUUGCUCAAGAGUUAUUUGUAAGCAUUCUAAAUCCUUUCUAUUAAA